CAGAGAAAAGGAGUCUGCUAUGUAUCAAGUGUAGCUGUCAACGUGGUCUCACAUGGGGCUGCUCUCCGUCACACUCUCCGGGUGAGCCCGGGAAACCACCUCUCUCUCAUCCAUUACUUCACCAGGAAACCACCUCUCUCUCAUCCAUUACUUCCACUGGGAUGGACACCAACAACAGAUCGAUGGAGGUCCUGGUGACGGAGCUCAACGUUCUGCUAAAGCUGCUGGACCUCGAGACUCUGAGCUUUCCAACUGAGGAGAAGAAGACCUCUGUUAGGGACCUGCUAAAACAACUACAGCCCACAGGACCAGACUACGUGUACAUGAACACGUCAAUCUCCAGACACGGCACCAGCUUUGUGGAAUCCCUCUUCCAGACCUUUGACUGUGACAUGGGGGACCUGAAAGACAUGACAGAGGACCAGAAACAGAAGCAGGACACACACACUGACACACACAGACACAACACAACACCUUUAAAACAGAGCAGUCCAGACUCCUCUCCCCCCCGCUCAUCAGAGACCCCUCCGCCCCUGCCCACCACCCCCCCUCCUGAGGGUUACUAUGAAGAGGCAGUACCUCUCAGCCCUGGCAAGCAGCCAGAGUACAUCACCACCCGCGGGAGCUCCAGCCCUCCUGACUCCAUAAAGGAUAGUUACUAUGAGGAUGCAGACAACAACUCUCCUUCUACCUGCAUCAACGGACGACAACGCAAAAACUCCUACAAUGACUCUGAUGCUCUGAGUAGUUCCUAUGAGUCAUAUGAGGAAGAUGAAGAGGAAAGGGGAGCAGGGCCAGGGUCCAGGCUGACCCACCAGUGGCCUAGUGAUGAGAGCUCCAUGCUCCCUGCCAGGGACUGUAGGAUCUGUGCCUUCCUGCUGCGAAAGAAACGCUUCGGACAGUGGGCUAAGCAACUGACUGUCAUACGGGACAACAGGCUACAGUGCUAUAAGAGCUCUAAGGACGUGUCCCCAUAUGUUGACCUGCCCUUGCUCCAGUGCACUGUGGUCUACGCCCCUAAAGACGGACGGAGGAAGAGACAUGAGCUGAGGUUCACUCCCCCCAGUGGAGAGGCUCUGGUCCUGGCUGUGCAGAGCAGGGAGCAGGCACACAGGUGGCUCAGGGUGGUCCAUAAAGUGAGUCAGGGAAAAGGACCAGAAGAGCCCACUUCUCCCAGGAUGCCCAGAAAGACUGAACUGGACAAG